AUGAAGAAGAAGAAGAAGAAGAAGAAGAAGAAGAAGCAGAAGAAGAAACAGAAGAAUAAGAAGAAGAAGAAGAAGAAGAAGAAGAAGAAGAAGAAGAAGAGGAAGAAUAAGAAGAAGGUAGAAUUUCAUUCACCGAAAUAUAUUUGGACUGACGUUUCGGAAACUCUCUCGUUGCCAUCGUCAGAGUAGUGUUUUUGUUGCUUCUGCUGGCCUUGAUUGGUGUAGUUUUGAAUCCUGUCCUUGUGGCUUGUCGUACAUCAGUUGCAUGUCGGAAAGCCUCAUUAGUAAGUCCUUGAAUCAGUGGAGUAUUGCGUGGGAUUAAAUGUCUGCAAUAUGUCAUUUAAGGUCAAACGCGAAACUGCAAAAUCAUCCGCGUCCAAAACGUUACUAUACUCCAGGUUAAUUUGGCGUCAGCCAUUCUGCGCAAGAAUUCAUGAGACAGUGAUAUAAACAUAUUUCAGCAUACUGUUGGUUACCUAACAAAUAUAAUAAGUUUAAAUUAAAAAAAGUAAUCCUUAGCCAGCUGGGAACUAAGUGAAUCGCAUGCACAAAAACACCAAAUUAAGAAUAAAUGACCUUCAAUCAAAUGAGAACACAAAAUACACAUGUUAAGUACUACGUCGAUGGUUAGAAAUAGCAAGUUGCUUACGAAAAGUGAGAAGUGCGAAAAUUCAUGUCACAUAAUUGAACUCAGCUUUCAGAAGUGCAAGAAGCCCGCUCAUACAAUUAACUAAGUAAAUGAAACGGUAUAAGCACAGUGAUGUUUAAAAAAUGCUCCUUAUUUAUAUCUGCAAUAUAUGUCGUCCAAUAAUUAACGUUACGUGAACCCUGGCAUAUAGCUACGUGCGUAGUUUGAUAAUGUGUUACAGAAGCUUGCUGUGAGAAUUCAGCACAACGUUUUGUACUGGUCGAGAUGCUGUUAAUUAAAGCAGAGAGGAUUUCAAUUGAUCUUGCUUAUGGAUACGGCAGAGGAAUAACUUUUCUAUAAGAGGACAUGUUGACAGGCCGAUCAAUGACUAACGAAUUCGGAUAAAAUUAGCAGAUAUAAUCGCAAGCGUGUCCUUUUCUGUGUAUCAAGAGAAGUUUUUUUUAGCAGAAUUACUGUAUGGUUCUUGACGACAGUGGAGUCCGGUGAGCUGGUGGGUGUCCUUGAAAUGUCAGUAUUCGGUGCUCUUAAUCGACUACCCGAAAAUAUUGGUUCGACAGUUUAUGUCCACCAAAACCCUCAAAAUACGAUAUCUCUUGAAAGUAUUUGCCGAAGCAGUAAGUUUUUUUCUCGCGGAAUAGAAAAUAAUUUGGCUGGAUAAAUGUUUCCAGUAUACACUUACGCCCUCACGUGGAUGAACACGUGCAUGAACUUGGCCGAUAAUAGUUAUUAGCGUGCAAAUUUGCCCGAAUAUAAGAUAACAUUAAUUUAAGCUCAAGUUUGUAAACCUUUCGUUUGAUAAAAAUUCUUAGAAACAUAAACAGUAGGAACGAGUUGGGUGAUUAAGCAUAAUGCAUAACUUUUAGGCGCCCCAGAGAGGUCGCUUCAGUUUUUUGUCAUCACGUUUCAUAAGGUUAGGUCAUAUACUGCACCUUGAACUAUUGCAGAUGUCUGACGCCGGGGUAGAUGGAGAAUUUCGUCGAUAAGUUUUUGGAGCUGGUGAAAGAAGUCGCCUUAUUUAAAUCGAAGUCAUUAUCGUUAUUUUUGCUUACUCCAUGACCUUUUAGCGGUCCGCUCACUCGAUCGCCACCGCCGCCGCUUUGUUACAUUGCCCCUCUGUCUGCCUCACGCUCCACGUCGAUUCGCUGUUAUCACGAGUCUGGCGAGAACUCGAAGCCAAUCAGCGCUGA